UUGGUCCUGGAGCUUUCUCGGCGGUUCCAGUAGCAGAUUGAUAAACACAACUGAUCAUUGACUGUUACAGUAGUAUGCUGAAAUUCAAUUUAUUACUCCGUGUUAACGUACUGUGAAGAAAAAUGCUCGAUAUAUUGCGGACGGAGAGUUAUUCAUGUUAUGUAGGUUGAUGAUCCUCUGAACAUGAUUCAUCCAUCGUUAUUGGUGUAGCUACCUACAUAGAACUUUGCUUGUCAGCAUGUAGGUUCACAUAGGUGGCCUGGAACGUUGCAGGCGUUGGAGAAGUCAUCUAGAGCCAGCAAAAACAAGAGGACACCGCCAUGAGCAAUCAAGAGAAGAUGGAAUUGGAUCUUGAAAUCCCAUCGUCACUAGUUCAGAGCGACGGAAACUUGAGAAGAUCCAACAGCGCCCCAAUGAUUAAUGGCCUAAGUGACAAUUCACAGGUAUUUCAGAGAGAGGUUUUACGCAGUAGAAGAAACAGCACUACUAUUGUCAACCGCCCUAAUAUGGUCCCUUCAUCGCCUAUUCGAGUGCCCAGCACAAGGCUUCAUCAGAUCAAACAGGAGGAGGGUGUGGAUGUGAUGAACAGAGAGACAGCCCAUGAACGGGAGGUUCAAACAGCCAUGCAGAUGAGCCAGUCCUGGGAGGAGAGUCUGAGUCUGGUGAGGAAUGAUGAUGCUCUAAUGAGUGACAACGACUUUGAGAAAUGUGCAUCGUCGUCGUCCCCGAAGCGCAUCGACUUCGUGCCCGUGUCCCCAGCCCCGUCCCCGACCAGAGGGAUCGGGAAAAAGCAGUGCUUCUCCCCUUCAUUGCAAAUCUUGGUGAGCAGUAACGGCCUGUCCCCCAGCCCUAUACCUAGCCCGACGCGACGCUUCAGCAGGAGGAGCCAAAGCCCCAUUAACUGCAUCAGGCCCAGUAUCCUGGGGCCCAUCAAACGUAAAGGGGAGAUGAUGGAGACAGAGAGCCAGCCGAAGAGGCUCUUCCAGGGGACCACCACCAUGCUGUCCUCUGAUGUACUCCUGCCCCAAGUCCAACUCCCAGACUUCAACAGCUGUCUCUCCCCCCCGGACGUGCUGGACGGCAGCCUGAGCAGUGUGGGGUCCUCCACUGGCUCGCCAGCCAAGAUGGAGGGCGUCUCUGAGUCUCCUUCCUCCAGCAACUCUCCCUUCACCCCUCUCCAGGACCACUCCCCUAAAUGAACAAGGGAACGUGAGACACUAAACCAGGGUGAAGACAGGUUGUGAGUUUCCCUGUUGGACCCACCCUUCCCUGCCAUCACUUUGCUUUAGUUAUUGUGGGAUUCCCUCCCAUGCUGUUUGCUUUUGCUGGGCUGUUUCGCUAGGGGAGGAAGAUGCGCGUUUGCGGCAAGAGGAAGCCAAAGCCCUGGUGGUGUGCUGUGUGCGGACGGCCAGUGCGGACAGCAGGCGCUGGUAAACGAAGGGGGGUGAUUGUGGAUGCUGUGAGCACCAGCUGCUAGAUAAGGAUCCUCCGUGAUGCUGCGUGGCGCCACGGUGAUCCAAACCGCUCCGUUGUCAGCAUCGCGUCACCGUGUCAGCCGCAUACUGUAGGGACUCGACACUGGAUGGAAAACGGCUGCCGGGAUACGGCGCGUCCCCCGCAAAGUCACUUUGUUUUCCUGUUUCUUUUUGGAAAACAAAUUAUCCAGGCCUUUUGGUGUAUGUGCACAAUAUUGUCUGCAGGAAUUGUAUGAAAAAAAGAAUUAACUUAUUGUUUUUCCCGCUUUUUUGUUGUUGUUGUAAGUAUGUAUAUAUUUUCAUUCCCGUGUGUAAUUAUUAGUUGUGUAGGUUUGUGAAUGGCUGUGAGAUGAAUGAGGGAACAGGGCUUGGACAGCAGACUGUCAGUUCACUCAACUGAGCGGAUUGGGAUUUCUAUGUUUUUACUACUCUAAGGGUUCAGCUAUGGUGGUUCUCUACUUGCUCUUGUCAUAGCAGUUGAUAUUCUCACUAGUACAUAAGUGUGGGGUAUUCUUUUACAAUAACUCUGGUCAAUGUUCUACCAUUGGCACUUAAUCUGCUCCCUCCUAAAUGGCAUGUUGCAAAUAUAUUUACCAGUGGGUUUGGUCUUGUCCACCUAUUGGCCCUGCGAAUUGUUCCAGGGGGACAAAGGGGCGGGGGUUUACCACUGUCAGGAUUGGAACACUAAAUACUCUGAUCUCCGAAUCCUGUGUCUUUGUCUGGACGUUGCUGUGGACAUUAAGUACAAACGUAUGCAGCCAAAUCUUUUCCCUUUUGAAGCUUUGAGGGGGAAAAAAAUGUUCCUUGUUGAAGCCACUUUGUAUGUGAAUUAAACUGUGACUUUUUUUUCUAGCCUACAUCAUUGCAUUUGUUGAUACCGAGCAUUAUAUUAGCUCACCGUAGUCUCCUGUUUCGCCCUGUAAUGACAAUAAUCUGAUUGGUUUAGGAUGAGCACAGUGAUGUAGUGCACAGCUUGAAAAUGUUACCAUUCCAUUUCCAAACGGGCUCUGUGAAUGGGGUAAAUGUCCCAUUUACUGUGGUAAAAAUUUGGCAUAAACUAUUUUAGUACAGAUUGUCGCUGGAUUAGUUGGUUGGUGAAGAAUAAACAUUGUCGAUGAACACUCGCAAGCAAAACCAAAGAUUGAUCAGGAGAACUGCAAUGGCAACGUUUCUUGUUUCUCAUGGAAAACUCCAGUUGUACACUGAUUCACAAGUGCAUUUUUAGACCUGUGUAAGUUAUGGGAUGUCAGAUCGUGUGUGUGUGUGUGUGUGUGUGUGCGUGUGUGUGUGUGUGUGUGUGUAUGUAUGAGCAUCUGACCAGAAACCAAAAUGCCGCUAGAUCGAUGCCCGAUCCUGACAUGGUAAAAAGUUCUGUCCUUUAGCAAGACCAUUAAUUGCUUCUCUAAGUCAUUGUCGACAAAGGUGUCUGCUAAGUUAAUAGAAUUUAAUUUAAAAUGUUUGAGUUGUGUUCCCUUCUUAUAAGGUGUAGUGUCUAGAAGGGAGUGUGAAGGUUUUUAUGUACAAGCAAGUGUGAUUGUAAAUCCUUUUUAUGGAAGUAAGUCAUUGAUUUAUUUUUUCCCCUGAAAUGAUAAAAUGAAACAGUUGCAAUUUUGAAAACUGAAUGUUUUUUUUUCUUUGUGUAUUAAGAAAAAUGAUAAGCUGGUCAAUAAUUUGUACUUGACCUGUUAUUAACAUGAUGGGUGUUUUUGUGAUUUAUUUCUGUCCAUGUUUUUAGUCCUGUCCAUUUUUCAGUACAGUCUAAAGGCGAAUAUGGACAGUAAAUGACAAGUGUGUAUGUGCUGGGAGGGUGGUAGACUUGCCAAACCUCUGCUUGUGUCACUAACAGGGCUCUAAAGUUUUCCCUCUGCUUUGUUUCAUGUCAAAGACAUUUUGAACAUGAGGGUGAAUAAAUUAUUUGUCCAAUA